AUGGAGGCCGUGCACCUGGCGACGGCCACUGCGUCGCUAGCCGCUGCUGCACCGACUUCUAUAUCAGGGCAGCGCGGAUGGUUGCCGCUGAAAUCUCAGCUCGGUAUGAAGCAUCGUCUCUUCUCCAAAAACAUCCUAGGCACAGGGGACAUAUGGUCUAGAGGUACUGCAACAUGGACAUCUUCCUUUGCCUCUGCUGUCCUGAUCGCAGCUGUCUUCUGCUUCAUUUAUCUCGUCUUCUUCACAACAGGCGCUGGUCAGAGCAAUACGAUCUCGCGACUCCGCAACAUAUCCGACCGUGCCCACUCUGAGAGUCUCGACAAAGACCUGGAUAGCGACGAGUACGAAGACGAAGACGACUCUACUCGCUCGUCUGGCUUUCUUGUCAGUUCCAAAGAGAGGCUGGCGCUUCGCAAGAUGCUCGGCAGAAACGAUCAUACCCUUUCCAAACGCUCGAGCAUCGUCCGCAUCACCUCCUCUGACCCUACAAGUAGCCUUUGCGAGCAUCCUAUGCAGGUCGAUCUUGAGCCCCCCACCCGCCGCUCCUUCUGGCCAGCUCCUGUCUCUCACACCUCACCUUCCGAGUCGAGCACGCCCGACAGUCCUGUUGGCACCACACCCGCUCUGACCGUUGCUGUACAACGGAACUCUUCCAGCUCACCUGGUCCUUCUGGCUCACGCCGCCGCAAGGAGAGCGGUAGACUUCACACAGCUAGUCCAAGCAGAUCGCCGCUCGGUCCUGGAGCAGCUCUUCCAACCCGACCAGCGCGCGUUCGUCCCGUGGAUGUGCGGUCGCCGUUGGCCCGAGCAGCUGCGAGGAACAAGAGGAACAGUGCUUCGAGUGUCACCAGCUCCGAAGCGACUCAUGCCAGCACCGGCUCUCCUAGGUUAGCCGCCACUCAAGAUUCAUUCAGCUCCUCCACGCUGAGCCCGCAUGCAGCCAGCGAUCGCGACCAGCUUCCUGACACUCCAAGCAUCGCGUCCGAAUCAUCUUCUAUCUCGGCGGCGCUGGGUCACGCCUCGGCGUUCGGUGAUGAUAUGUCUCCAAGCCCCUCACCCACUUCCAGCACCUUUUCUCUCGGCAGAGCCCCGUCCAUCCUCAAGCGCCAACCACAGACCUUUCGCACAGCUUCGCUGCGAGAGAUUGACAUAUCUCACAGCCUUGUGGAGCGCAGGGAGUCUUUGCCCAUCCUCGUCAGCCCAGGGCCUGGAGCAGAUCCGGCUCUUCUGCAACAGCAGCAACAAGAGUUCUUGCAGGCCUACGGCGUCCUUGCUCCCCCGUCCUAUCAGCCUUCGGACAUGCAGAUCCGCUCAAGCCGGGCAGACCCUGAAACCCCGUGGUCGCCCCACACCAAAGUGCGAAGCAUCAAGCUUGUUGAACCCGAUUGGCUUCCUCAUACCGACACUCACGUUCGUGCUCGCGAGCGUCUCGAGGCGGCGACGCGCUUUGCAGCUUUCAAAGCCAACGCUCAGGCCCUUACUCCGACGCUCGUCUCCCCGGAUGCCAAGUAUGACCAGCAACAAGAAGAUCUAGCCGGAUUCCGCUUCGAGCGCUUCACUCAGAGCACGGCUGCUGCAGGGAGGGACUGGGACUGGAGGAAGAGGAGAGCCAGAUUGCAACGUGCUGCUGCCCUCGGCAUGGCCCUUGGCCAGAGCAACCUCGGCUCUCCCCUUGGUGCCAACCCGCCGGGCAACGUUGGCAUGACGGAUGUGCAGCUGCAACAGCAAGCGCAAUCAGGCGGCGCGCCGUUACCAGCUGUCCAAGCCGCUUCUUCCGUGCGCAAGCAGAUGCCCGCUGCGCCGCUUAUCACCUUCACAGAGCAGGAGCUCAAAACGGCGCCCGUCUUGAAAGUCGAUACCGAGAGCGGACGACGUCCGAUGUUGCGACCCGGCGGUCAGUCGCCUUUGCGUCCAUCAGCAAACCAAGCUGAUGGGACACCAUCGAGUCCAACGCCGAGCGGUGCUGGCACGCCCAUGGGUGGAAUAUUCGGGGCGGCGACGCCGUCCGCAGAUAGCAUCAACGUGGUCAUGGCUGCGCGUGUUGCGCAGCGCAGGCGCGCCAGCGAAGAUGCCGGCUCAUAUCAAGAUGCAAGAAGGGGCAUCGUUAGCAAACUCACUCGCAGAAAGUUGUCCGCUUCCGCAUCCGACGCUCUCCCCAGCUCGCCCGGUCCGUCGUCUCGCGACGCGAGUCCAGUCACCACACCCGGCGGGGAAAGUUUCGCCAGCUCUGCAUUGCGUGACCAAUCGAUUUCGCCACUCCGCAGCACCGGCGAUCUUGACCUGAACGGGUCUUACGAGUCCGAAUCCGAAUCGAAUACGGCGUCUCCGAGUCACAGCGUUCCUGGCAGACUCAGCAGCCUGAGUGGAACUGUGGGCAAGAAUCUGCGCUCCGGCUUACGAAGAAGUUCCGACUUUGGUGCUAGCGGCAAGAACUUUACGUCGACUUCGAGCGGAAUCGAGCUUGUGCCAGAUUCACCAGACCUGGAUGCAGACGGAUCAGUCGGUGGCUCUGCUACCUACCCGGAUCCUGGCCCGUCGCAAGAAGGUCCCAGAAGCAGUGCCGAUGCAUACAGCCACAGCGUUCCUUCUGGUGAGGUUCAGAUUGAGCCGUCGAUGCGGCGAGCAGCUUCGGCAUCACGCAACGACGAUCCACGGAGCAGUGCAAAGCACGUUGCGAAAGCAGAGCUAGGUCGCAAAUCGCAGCCACCAUCGUUCCGCGGAGGUUCGUCGUUCGCACGACAAGCUUCAGCGCCUGUUGCUUCUACUUACCACCAUGACCACAUCGAGGAGUUACGGCAGGAUUCAGAGAGGGAUUCCAUCUCGCGCGGAUCGAACGAUUCUGAUUCGCUGAGGCGAAGGAUGCGGGCACGUUCCCAGACCGAGUCGGCAACGAUCGAUGCGAGUUCCGUGUUGAUGACGCGCAACAGCUCGAUCACUGCUCGUCAAGAUGGACUUGCCGCACUGACAGCUGGCAUGCCGACCUCUUCGCCACCGGCGGUCAAGUCGAGGGCGAGGAACGGAUCGCGGUCGAGUAUCAUGCGCAGCGCUUCGGGCGCGAGUAGCGAUCUCAACCGUACGGCCAAGCGACGCUCUUCGAUUCGUCACGGUAGCUCGCUGGCCUCGGACACAUCUUCAAUCGGCUCCUCAUCCAUGACAAACAGCGGCACUGGCUCGCGCAACGGAUCGCUUCGUCACGGGUCAUCUCCAGUACGAUCACGCAGAGACAGCUCUGCAGGCGCACCUGACCCGCUCAUGCAACCCGAGCCGGCUCCCCGCGGGAUGGCGCAGAGGGCGAGGAGUGCGAGUCUCAGCAGCAACGCGUCGAGCCUGGCCUCGGCGAAUAGCAGCAGGACGGCGAGCAGGAGCAACAGCUUCAGAGAUGGAGGAGGAUCGGCGGGUCGGUUUGGAUUGAGCAUGACGAGCAGCAACCCGGGCACGCCGGGUAGCGAAGGUGAGAGGAGGUCGGAUCCUUUCAGCAUGACUGCACUGUCGAGCGCGUAG